GUAAAGGUAAUAUUCUAUAGCAUAUGGCAGCGUCUCUUCCACUGAAUGCUAGAAAAUACAGAAAGAGAAAGCAGCUCCGUUAGUAAGGAACUUAAUUUUUCAGCAUUGAAUCGACCUGGUGAUACUUUACUAUCAAAGGAAUGAAACUGUGAUCUGAGGAUUCAGAAGCAGACCUGAAAAAGAUUGUUCUCCAGGUGAAUCAGUCAUAAUGAAUACUGUUGAUAACGGCAUCAACAUCAUAUGUGCAAUAUGUGGAGACAGAGCUACUGGCAAGCAUUAUGGUGCUUCAAGCUGUGAUGGAUGCAAAGGUUUCUUCAGGCGUAGCAUAAGGAAAAGUCAUGUUUACUCUUGCAGAUUUAGCAGACAAUGUGUUGUUGAUAAAGACAAAAGGAAUCAAUGCAGAUUCUGUCGUUUAAAAAAAUGCUUCAGAGCUGGAAUGAAAAAAGAAGCUGUUCAAAAUGAAAGAGAUCGGAUAAGUACAAGAAAAAGCAUAUUUGAAGGAAGCAGUAUACCCUCUAUUAACACGUUGUCACAAGCAGAAGUUCUUUCUCGUCAGAUUACUGGUUCAACUCCUGGUACGAAUACUGACAUAAACUCUAAGAAAAUUGCCAGUGUUAGUGACGUCUGUGAAUCUAUGAAACAGCAGCUGCUAGUCCUGGUGGAAUGGGCAAAAUACAUCCCCGCCUUUUGUGAACUUCCUCUGGAUGAUCAGGUUGCAUUAUUAAGGGCACAUGCUGGUGAACAUCUUCUCCUUGGUGUAACAAAACGAUCUAUGGUUUACAAAGACAUGCUACUUUUAGGUAAUAGCUAUGUAGUACAUCGCAACAGCUCUGAAAUAGAGAUUAGCCGGGUGGCUAACAGAAUUUUGGAUGAGCUUGUCCACCCAUUUCAUGAGAUUCAAAUAGAUGACAAUGAAUAUGCCUGUCUAAAAGCAAUUGUAUUUUUUGAUCCAGAUGCUAAAGGACUCAGUAACCCUAUGAAAAUUAAAAAUAUGCGUUAUCAAGUGCAAAUCAGUUUAGAAGACUACAUCAAUGACAGACAGUACGAUUCUAGAGGAAGGUUUGGAGAACUCCUUUUACUGUUACCUACACUCCAGAGUAUUACCUGGCAAAUGAUUGAACAAGUUCAAUUUGUGAAACUGUUUGGAAUGGUUAAGAUUGACAAUUUACUCCAGGAGAUGUUAUUAGGAGGUACAGCUGGUGAAGUUAGUCACAUACAUCAUCCAACACAUCCGCAUUUAACUCAAGAUCCUCUACUGGGGCAAACUCUUCUUAUAAGUUCAAUGUCAGCUUCAUUACAUUCUGAACAGAUUGCAACACCAGAAACACCUCUGCCUUCACCUCCACAAGGAUCAGGACAAGACCUUUAUAAAAUUUCUACAAACCAUGCAACAGUGAUUACACACCAGUCCAUCUUGAAACAAAAGCCUCAGUGAGAAGAACUAAAACUGAUUCAACAUUGGGUAUUGUCAAAAACUGGACAGAAAAUAAUGAAAACUGCCAAAGAAGAUUUACCAUACAGACAAAAUCCAGCGUUCCGCAACCCCUAAAAUAAGUGCCCUAAAAACUUGCAACAUUUUCAGUUAGAUAAUCUUUUAUAUACUGUAUGUUCUUUUAUAAAAAUGUUUUCUUUUUUAUUAUUAUUUGUGAAUUCUUUACAGUCUGAAAUAAUUCUAUUGUGUUAAUUUAAUGAAGAAUUUAUUUCCUUUUGACAUGUCUGUAAAAAGCUAUGCUGUUGCUCUUAUGCUAAUCUACUCACAGUGCUAUUGAAAUACAAAUUGUACAUAGUGAAUAAUUAAUGUAUAUUCUCUAAAUAUUUGCUUCAAAAUUCAUAAAAAAUAAUUCAUGCACUAAUACAUCUGUUUAUAUUGAAAUUCUGUUGAUGCAUAUAAUGCAUCAUUUAUGUCGGAGUGAUACGGCCUUGGGGUAAUUUUAUUUUAAAUUAAUUUUCCUGUUUAAAAGUGCAUUGCAAAAUAAGUAAAUAAAC